UCUUGCCUUGUGCCAUUUCGACAUUCAGUAGGCUUUUAUGCAGUCUGACCUUGAUGAAGACGUUUUCAUGCGCUUACCGGAGGGGUGUGGUAGGUUAUCUGGCCUGGUCGUGAAGCUGUGGAAGAGUCUGUAUGGUUUGAAGCAGGCAUCACGACAUUGGCAUGCGCACCUGACGAGGUGUUUGUUACUUUUACGUUUUUUGCAGUGUAUGGCAGAUGCAUGUGUUUUUCGAUUGAUGGACGAGGGACGUGUGAUCAUGAUCAUCGUGGUUCACGUGGAUGACAUUUUUGCUGUAGGGCAGAAGGAGAGGUGUGAUAAGUUUGGCAGGGAUCUCAACGAGAUGGUUCCCGUGAAGAACCUUGGAGUGUUGAGGUGGUACUCCGCGUGUUUUUACGAGAGAGACGUAGAGAGGGGCCUGUUGAGGAUUUCGCAGCAGAGGGUUGCCGACGUGUUGGCUGCAAAGUACGGCAUUGAGUGGGGGAGGAGUGUGCCCUUGCCUGUGAGCGUGAAGCUCACCGACUUUGACGAGAACGAAGCGUGCGCUGAUGUCCCUUUUCGCGAGAUGGUAGGAUCUCUGAUGUGGUUGGCCACUCAAACAAGGCAGGACAUCGCGAAUGGAGUGCGAGCAGUAGUAGCGCGGGGAGUGGUGACCGGGACGAGCAUGCAGGUGUGGCGUUUUUUGGUGCCACAUGCGGGUACGUCGUGCAUCCCGGUGUUCGAGGAUAACCAGGGAACGAUUCAGAUUGCGAACAACCCGAUCACGAACUCUAACUCGAAGCACAUCGAUGUACGGCAUCACUUUAUCAGGGAGCUGGUGGAGAGGAAGGAGAUUUCAAUUACUCAUGUGCCGACGCAAUUUCAGCAUGCAGAUUUCUUGAAGGCUAUUAGCAAGGAGUCUUUAGCGUUGCACCGUGACUUUGUGAUGAAAUUGCAGUGAAGGGAGUGUUUUGGGGUCGAUUCGUGUUCUGUAGUGGGAGAGAGAGACGAGAUUGGACAACAGAAAGAGAGAGUCUGGUGAAGGUGAUAAGAGUGUUGGAGUUGUGUUGGGAUUUUUCUUGAUUGUUUUGGAGGAGUUUUAGUUUUGUUUGAGGUUUUUCUUGAGAUUGUCUUGGAGGAAUUUUUCUUGUUUUGGAAAUGAUGGUAAAGAAGAGAGUAAGAUUGAUUUUUGCCGAAGCAUGACGAUGCAUACGAGCAGGGGGGCUAUUCGAUAUACUCGGGGUACUCGUAGCAUUGUAUGACGGGAUAUCUUCGGUACGCACGCACGGAAAUUGCAGUGAUGAUAGGCGGAGGAAUGAGAACUUUCUAGGUAUUUUCCUUGGACGUGAGAAGAGUUUGAUGGAGGCACAGAGAGAUCCGUUUGGUAGUUUGAGCGUGAUGAGCGUGACGCGUGCUUGAUGCCGUGACAGAUUUACGAGCGCGAGCACGCCCCGGAAGAAUUCAAUACGUUUUCCCAACACGUCCCUACCCACCCACGUCCCGGCAUGGGCUACCCGCUCUACCCUCCCAACACAAAGAACUGAGCCACCCGAAUUACCGAUCACCUCCGUGAUUUCUACCAUCUCGGCCAGCCGACCAGUGGGACACGUCAGGAAACGGCGCAAACCUAGCAAAAACUCGUCCAGCUCGUCCUCUUCAGGCACCUCUUCGUCCAGCUCGUCUUCAUCGUCUUCAUCGUCUUCUGAUGCAGUACGGCAGGCAGGAUGCAGGCCGUUCGAGAGGGCAUGACUCCCGCGGAUGCACGGAUGCCCAUCGGGACGCCAGCGGAGAUGGUAAUCGGAAGGACCGGGGAGGUAGUCACCACAAUGCCGGGGGAGAGGCUUGUGGCAGCCACGGACCUACUCGUCUCUCCUACUAUGGUCCGAGCAGCAGCAAAAGCGCUUCUUGGAGACGAAAAACAAGUCAGGGCCGUCGGCAUACCGUCGGCUGCUCAAGCUGCUCGCGGAUGAGUGGGAACCGAAAGGUUUCAACCGGGGCAUCGACAAGCUGCAGGUUCUUGGUGUGCCCAACGGCACGCCGUACAGCAAAUUCGUUACGAAGUUUAAGGCGUUGGCAAUGUCGGAGUUGGCCUCGCACAGAGCUUUCGCGCCGGAUCUGCGCAUGGUACAGCGUGCGCUUCGGGACGCUUUGUUGGAGCAGUAUCCGAAUAUUCUCUCGUCUUUGCCGUUGAAGGAUAAAAUUCUCCAUAACGAAGUGUUUAGUGAUCAGGAUGAGCUUUGGGAUACGUUGUCUUCGGAGGAAGCACUAAAACAUUCGCCCGCCUGCAAUG